ACGAUUUGUGUUACGUCACGUUGUGACGCAAACAUGGCAACCGCUCAGGAACAGUUGUUCUGUUUUAUCGUUGUUUGUUUUCUUAGAUAUUAUAUUGCUGUAGAGACUUUACAUGUAUAUUAGGCCUUGCAUUAUUUAAAUAAUCUAAGGUGACGGGUUGGUGAUUGUCUAGACAUCUAAUAAUGGUGGAGUGAAUAAAAAGAUGAAAACAAUGACGUUUUAAGCGGCACAACAGCGCGCGUUCACGUGGCUUUUCCGUUUGGUAUCGGGUCGCGCGCCCAUCAGUGUGGACAGCGUUGGAAAGCAUUUCAGUUUACAUAUAUAUUUAUAUAUGUUUAAAUAGAUUUUAACCCUCGAAACUAAGAUGACCACCUUUUGAAGCCAUAAAGCUUUCAAUGGUCAGUAAUGGACAAAUACACAGCAUGUGUAUGGCCACGUCUGGAGCCCUUCCUGAUCGGGGUGCUUCCCGCCACAGCCCCAAGCAAAUUCAGCAUGCAUUAUCUGCGCAAGAUGGCCAGUUACGUUCGGACACGGGACGGCUGUUUCCCCAGGCUUGGCUGGCACAUGUGGCGACACAUCGCUUGUGGCAAACUGCAGCUGGCAGAGGAGCUUGCCUGGCUGUAUUUUGAAACUUUUGAUCUAUUGAUUCCUCGUUCUGCAGAGCAGAGAUUAGAGUGGGCAGAAGCUCUAUCUCAAUGCCAUAGUCCUAAGGAACUUGACAGACAGCGUUGUCAGCUGUCAGUAGACACUCUGCAGUUUCUACUCUUCCUGUAUCUACAGCAACUGAACCGAAUCUCUCUCCGCACAUCACUGAUCGGGGAAGAGUGGCCAAGUCCCAGAUCACGAUCUCCCUCUUCCUCCUCUGAGAGAGACACCAAAAUAAGCUCCCAAAAUAAGAACUGGGACGACCAGGCUCAUCUUGCUUUCAUCCAGACACACUUGGCUGAGCUCUUGGAGUUGCUAGUGGAGCCAGGGCAGCUGAGCAGUUCAGGACAGGUUCUGCGUGAUAGCCAGCUCACUUCAGAGGCCAUCGAGAGCCUCAGUCUGCUGCUGGAAGGUUCUGUGAGCCACAGCCGUACUGUGCACCCAAUCCACAAGCUCCUCAGCCGCUCAGCACUGCAGUCGCAGGCGGGAUUCUCCAAACUCAGCCGCUCCUACUCUCUGCAGCAGUUCCAGGGGUUUCUGCGUCAGGCUCUCUGCCUCAACCCCUUUGGCAUCUCCACCUUCUCACAGUCAGGCAAGAAACUGGCAUGGGCCAUACAAGUAGAGGGCACCUUGAAGAAAGCCAAAAUAUUCAGAAACACUCACGUGGCUCCUCCAGGAAGUCGACUGGUGCUCAUGUCACAGGUUUGCAAACAGACGUUGGCCAAAGACUCUGAAAAACUGAAUGAUGCCAACAUCAAACUCCACCGCUGCAGUGAGGCUUUCAUCUACCUUCUCUCUCCUCUGCGGUCUGUGACCUUGGAUAAGUGCAGGAACAGUACAGUGGUGCUUGGCCCGGUAGGGACCACCAUCCACAUUCAGAGCUGUGAGAACGUUCGUGUGGUAUGUGUGGCCGGCCGUCUGACUGUAGGCGGCUCCUUUGACUGCACAAUCCAUUGCCUCACCCCCACUCGACCCCUUCUCCUUCCUGGAAAUGUGUCUCUCACUCUGGGCCCCUUCCACACACAUUAUCCCAGUUUAGAGGACCACAUGGCUAGUGUGGGCCUAGCCGUGGUUCCCAAUUUAUGGGACCAGCCACUGCUGUUUGGAGCAGAGGGUUGCGCUUCAGACACAGGCUGCUACCGCAUCCAGUCCCCCUCUGAGUUUUAUCCGCUGGUGAUACCCUUCCAAAUGGAGGGGGAUAACUGUGAGUUCCCUUGGGACCUCCCGGCAGACUACCAGAAGGCUGUGGAGGGCAGAGAGAAGGCAAUAGAGGAAUGGCAGAAGACUGUGAAGGAAGCACAUUUGAACAAGGUUCAGAGGCGGCAGUUUCAGGCCUUAGUGGAGCAGAAGUUUCAUGAGUGGUUGCUCGAGACGGGACAAAGACAAGAGCUGGACAGUCUCCUCCCUUCUGCCCUCACCCCCUCCACCUCUGUGGACCACUGGCCUUCAAGCCACACUUCCAACUCUGGACUAAAUGUACUAAAAGAUCAACCACCUGAACAGGCAAUGGGACGGGCUCCAACAGUUUGCUAAGAGAACAGCUAAACAAUCAAAACACUCUCUUUCCGAAAACUGCUUCUCAAACUUUAGUCCUCUUCUGGUACGAAGGCAGUCAAAAACAAUCCAUGUAUAAAAAACAGUGCUGUAUUUUGACAGGAAUGUUGUGUUCUUUCACACUGUUGACAUCUAGAGAAAUCUAUGCUGGAUUAUUUUGUAGAGUGUCUGUAGUGUGUAUUAUUGCUGCAGGUGUCUGAUAGUUGAACCAUUAUGUUACUUUUGUCGUUAUAAGACACCAGUCAUUCCAGAGGUUGAUACGUUGAAAAUAUCACCAUAAGAGUCGUUAUUUAAUUAAAGCAGGAAAGGGAACAAUUACUGCCCUCAUAUGAAUUUAGAGGGAACAGGGAAGAGAUUUGUGUAGUCAUGUACUGUAAUUAUUGACAAAUGUCAUAUGGUCAACUGGUACGCAUACACUCACUGAAGAGUUUGCAGCUAUUGUCUUCAGAAAUCUCAUGGCCAGUAUGAAUGUUUAUAUUUCUCCUUUGCUGUAUGUAUGUUCACAAUGCCUUACACUGUAAUUGCACUAUUACUGUAUCUUCACAAUACAGAUUCCAUAAUGCUGUCACUUAA